CGUUCUACCAAUCAGCUGAUGGGCAUUGGCGUUCCUGAAACAUAAUUUGAAUAAAAUCGGAAAACAAAAUCUUUUUUAAAUUGUCCAAUUUCCGAGGAGGAUUGACAUUCACCAUGGGUGUUCCCACGACCGACUGGGUAAACUGGUGUCGCCUGUGCGCCCGCGACGACGUCGUUUUCAAAGUGCGCAAGCGGGACGAAGAUCUGGUGAGGAUCAUCAGGAAAUGCUUUGAUGUGGAGAUGACCCUCGAGGAGCCGGUGCUGGGCAGCAUGUUGUGCGAGGAGUGCUACUCGGUUAUUGGCCAGCUGCUCACCUUUGCCGAGAGCGUCAGCAAGAUCCAGGGCAUUUUCGAAAUUUUGCGCAGCUCGGAGCCGCAGGACAGACAGGACGUGGACGCCCUGCGGCGGGAGUAUGGCCUGCAGCCGACCUGCAAGCUGGAAAUGGAAUUCCUGGACAUCGAUGAUCAAGAGGACAAGUUUUCCCUUGCCGAUGAGGUUCUUUUUUCGGAUCAUUCCACGACUCCUUUACCUGAGGUGCCCAAAAAGCUUGGUCGCCCGCCAAAGAAUUCCACACGUUCCAAAUCCGAGCUCGAGGAAGAGCAACCCAUAUCGCUACCCGCUGAUGCAUCGCGUGGGCGCAAACCAAUAAAUCGUGCUGCCCAAAAAUUGCUGCUGGACGAUGACAGUCAGGAGUUUUUCCUAAUCGACGAAGACACCAUGUCGCCGGAGCCUGCGAAGCGGAAGCGAGGCAGGCCAAAGGCUCCAGGCAAGCCGGAGAACCUUAACCAUAGCCCGAAACAAAGUCCCAUGAAAACGAAAAGCAUUACCAAAGCCAAAGCAAAGGAAAAGCUGGCCGAGUGCAGUGUGUCCCCCAAAGACCGCUCCCCGAGUCCUCCUGUCGAUGAGUUCACCUGCCAGAUCUGCAAGGAGUCCUUCCUGUCCUUCAUGGCCCUGCGCAGCCAUAAACACGAUGUGCACGGCGGUCCCAAGAGAUUCGUGUGCGACAUCUGCGGCAAAGGCUUGAAGACCUUCACGUCGCUGGUGGAGCACAAGCUGGUCCACACGGACGAGAAGCCCUGCGUGUGUCCCGUGUGCAAUGCUGCCUUCAAGAACAAGGCCAGACUCAGGGUGCACAGUCAGACACACGGAGCGCCGAGGUUUAAGUGCGACGUUUGCGGUAAGAUGCUGCAAACGCGGGCGAAUCUCAACAAGCACAAGUAUGUGCACACCGAGGAGCGCCGCUUCAGAUGCGAGAUUUGUGGCACCGGCAGCAAGAACUCCACGGCCCUUAAGAUCCACCUCCUCAGCCACACUGGUCUCAGGCCCUAUGUGUGCAAAUACUGCGGAAAGGCUUUCGCGAGCAACACCAACUGCCGGUCGCACAAGUGGAAGAAGCACCCGGAGCUGGCGGAAAAGGAGGAUGAAAGCGAAUCUACGCGUGUUGCAGUGCCCACGUUGGAGGAGCUUCGGGUCAUAACCCGCGAGAUGGCGAAAACCAGCAAGGAAGCGUAGAAGCAGUACCCCCAGCUGGAUUUCACUUGAAUUUUGUUUGUUCCAUGAUGAUAAAUGUGUUAUCCAGCUAGGAAGCUUGGAGCGAAAACAUGCAGAUAAUUUACACCCAAUAAUAAUUUUUAUUGUGACCGAUAUUAUGUAAAAUAAAGUAAAACUUGUAAAUUUUUAAA